UCACACUCUCAUCGGGUCCUCCUGCACGCCUAUUCCAACGUAUUAUCUAUCGCAUCCAACUCCAUCUCCCUCCAAGUGCCCCCACCUCCCCCCACAUUACAUCGCCUCCUUGGGGCUCAGAGUUGCUCGACAUGUCGUCCACGAAAGCAGCCCGCAUCGGCGAAGAGGUUUGGAAGACUAGAAUCGACAAAGUGAACGCCGAGCUGGUCACACUCACCUACGGAUCCAUCGUUGCGCAGCUAUGCAAGGACUUCGAAGGCGACUACAUGGAGGUCAACAAGCAGUUAGACAAGAUGGGCUACAACAUCGGUUUACGUCUGAUUGAGGAUUUUCUGGCGAAGACAAACACCGGGAGGUGCGCAAACUUCAGAGAGACAGCCGAGACCAUCUCGAAGAUCGGAUUUAAAGUGUUUCUGAACAUCACUCCUACGGUUACAAAUUGGACGUCGGAUAACAAACAAUUCUCUCUGAUAUUCGACGAGAAUCCUCUAGCAGACUUUGUCGAGCUACCGGAUGAUGGAAGGGCACAGAACGAGCUUUGGUACUCGAACAUCCUUUGUGGUGUUUUGAGGGGAUCAUUGGAGAUGGUUCAGAUGCAGGUCGACACACACUUCGCGAGCGACGUGCUGCGGGGCAACGAUUCUACAGAGAUGAGGGUAUCUCUCAUCAGGAUCAUAGACGAUGAGUUGCCUCCAGGAGAGGAUUGAGCAAUUGUCGUUGUUUUGUUGUUGCCGAAUCGAAUACCGCCAAUGAAUACCAGUAUCAUACGAGCUCGGGGGCCACGGGUGAAUGCAUUCUAUUCGUG